CUGGAGGAUUUGCAUAAGCACUGGUUUCCACAUUGCCUAUUCAUCCACUACACCCCGUCCUUCUCUGCCAGUGGCCCUGCUGUAGUCACAAGGUGCACACGUCGGUUCUCCACGUCCCUCUGUGGGCCUGGACGUUGCUACCUAACUUCCUUCUUCCCAUUCUCAGCUCUCCACUUUCCACAGCCCCGUCCCGCGACUUUACCCCGUUCAUUCCCCAAGUCCUGGACGCAACGGUGGAUUCAUGCUCAGCUCUCGCCCUCCUCGGUCGCCAUGCAGAACAAUCACCACAAGGAGCACCUCUACAAGAUUCUUGUGAUAGGGGACCUCGGGGUUGGUAAAACCAGCAUCAUCAAGCGGUACGUCCAUCACAACUUCAGCCCCAACUACCGAGCCACCAUCGGGGUGGACUUCGCUCUCAAAGUGCUGAACUGGGACCAGGAGACGGUGCGCCUCCAGCUGUGGGACAUCGCAGGUCAGGAGAGGUUCGGAAACAUGACCCGUGUAUAUUACCGGGAAGCCAUGGGUGCCUUCAUCGUGUUCGAUGUGACGCGGCCCGCCUCCUUUGAGGCCGUCACGAAAUGGAAGGAGGACUUGGAUUCCAAACUGACACUUGCCAAUGGGAAGCAUGUUGCCACUGUGCUGUUGGCCAACAAAUGUGACCAAGGUCGGGAUGUUCUGACCAACAAUGGAAUAAAGAUGGAGCAGUUCUGCCAGGAAAAUGGCUUCGUGGGGUGGUUUGAGACGUCCGCCAAGGAGAACAUCAACAUCGACGAGGCCGCCAACUGCUUGGUGAAACACAUUAUUGCAAGUGAGAAUGACAUGCUCCAAUCAGAAGUCCCUGACACCAUCACCCCUCAGUUAGAUAAGGACAAAGCGGGCUCUUGCUCGUCCUGCUUCAGAUCCCAGUAACAGUAACGCCCCAAAGUUGGGCGUCCUUUUGAAUCCCGUUUCACAUGACGAGUUUGUGUGUGAGCAGUAGGAAGAACUAUUUUGGCUGGCUGUGAGUGAGGAGGAGGGUACGGGUGCCAGCUCUCUUCCUGUCUGGCAGCUCGCAGCAGGCAGGUGGGUGACAGAGAGGCAGCUGGCUCAAGAAGCGCAUAGAUGGAAACGAGACAGAAUGAGGAAAAGAGAGACGCGUGCAGCUGUGUGCGCCUGUCAAAGCCAAGGUCACCCUUUUGGUGACAUUAAGUCUUGACUCUGCCACUUCAGUUGCCAUGGUGACACAGUUAACCAGAUGUACAGAGAGACUGCAGCAGAUCCCUGUAUAGCUGUACUAAAGGUCUAUAGAAGUAAUUGCUACAUUCAAAUGAAGGUAGUUCCCUCUCUCUCUUCCUCCUGCCAUCAUAUAGUUCUUCCUUUUUUAAAAAUAAUUUUCCUCCCUCCAAAAUAUUUAAAAUUUCUAAAAAACAUUUUGGACUAAUAAAUGUCUGCUUUUUCUGCCAGCCAUCCAAAGCAACCACGUCUUGAUUAUACCUAAAUCUCAUUACAAUGCAGUUAUUCUGCUGGGCUGGAUCUGGUUUUAUUGAAAAAUAAAAUCUAUCACAAGUUUUAUCUUAUCAGUAAUAAUCCUAUAACUUCAUACAUAGAAGGUAAUAUGGUUGAAAUCAAAGAGCCUUUCCAACAUUUUAUCUUUAUUUAUUUAUAAGUGCACUAAAAGGUGUCUUUUUCCAUUUGAGGUAUAGUUCAACUCUAAUAUGGCAACAUAUUUAAAAUGAUAUGAUAAACAUGAAUGUGUAAAACAACAGGAGUGUCUGUUUUAAUUUGGUGGUUUUUAUAUAAAAUUUCUGUUCCACUGUGAAAUAUUUGUAACAUUUGUAAUUUUUGGUUAAAUGCACAUAUGUAUACAGCUAUGUAUAUAUUAUAUAGAGUGAACUAAGAACGAUGUAGAACCAAAGACGUUUCCAGUUUUCAAAAUGUUCAUAUGAAUAAAAGCUUUGAUGGCUUAUAUGUCUGUUUUUCAAUAAUUAACAGCAUUUUGUUAUUAAGUAAACCCACAUAACUGUUUCCAACAGUAGUGUAUUUAAUCUGAUAACUAGGCACAU